CGGCAAAACAAAUUAAAUGAGAACGGCGAAGAGCAGAAGUCUACGCAUUAACGAAUAACAAAGACGCCAAGUGAACAGCCAGGCCCAGUAUUUCUAGGUUGUUUGAGAAAGAAUCUCUAUGUUACGAUUUUAUCCAAAGGUUCCCAAAGGUAGUAAAUGGCCGAGCAUUGAUGGUUCUUCAUCAAAGAAUGUAAUUUCUUCGUCUAAUAUCACUCCUGACGUUGAAAAUAAUGUUAAAAAGCCUCGAAUAGAAGUUGAAAUAUCAGAGGACGACAUUGUUGGUGAUCCUGGAUUGCGUAAAGCGAUUGAAAGUUACGAUGUUAAUAUUAGAAAAGAAGUAAGAAGAGGUUAUUUGACAAAGGGUCCUACUCAACCACGUGAAUUCAAAUUUCCACAAACUGAAUUUAGUGGGUGUAUGAGAUCAUUUCAAAAGCAGUGGUUUGAAGAAUUUAAUUGGUUGGAAUAUUGUGUUGCUAAGGAUGCAGCAUUUUGUCACUUGUGUUAUUUGUUUGCUAGAGGCCAUAAAAUGGGGAUGAUGUUUUUACUAAAAUUGGUUUUAAUAACUGGAGGAAGGCUAAGGAAAAAUUCCGUGACUACGAAGGAACUCCUAAAAGCAUUCAUCAUUAUGCAAAAAUUCAAUAUUCUGGGUUCAAAAACCAAAAGCAAAAUGUGGAUUAUGUAUUAUCCCAACAAACCAAGAAAGAUGAGAUUGAUUAUUGUGCUAGAUUAACAAUUGUUGUUGAUAUAAUUCGAUUCCUUUUAGAGGGUGGAUUGGCUUUUCAAGAUCACGAUGAAUCAGAUACUUCAAUGCAUUCAGGUAAUUUCCUUGAACUCUUGAAAUGGGAGUGUAGAAGGCAUCCACAUAUAAAUAAGUUAUUAGGAAAAACUAAUGUGUUAUCAAAAGAAUUGCAACAAAAGAAUCAAAACAUAGGAAAUGUUGUUGAUCUUGUCAAGACAGUCAAGGCCGAUUUGGAAAGUUAGCUGAAUGAUUAUGGUUGGGAUUUGUUAGUUGAACAAGUGACUACAUUUUGUUCAAGUCAUGGUAUUGAUGUGCCUAAUAUGAAAGAUGUAAAACGAGACAGAGUGAAAAGACAAAAGACAGUUGAUGGUAGCCCGAAAACUUAUUACCAUUAUUUUCAUGUUGACAUAUUUCUCGAGGUUAUUGAUCGCCUUAUGCAAGAGAUGAAUAAUCGUUUUACAGACUCAUUCUCUCAUUUUGAUUUGAAACGGCUACUUCGUCUUGCUGAAUUAAACCCAGAUGAUUUUAGCUCAAGAGAAAAACGUGAACUAAAUGAACAACUUAGGUUGUUUCUUACAUUUGUCAAAUCAUCUUCAGAGUUCUCAAGUCUUCAAACUAUUGGAGAUUUGGCAAAACAAAUGGUUGAAACGGAAUGGCACACAAUUUACAGUUUAUCAAGAAUGAUUUGCGCAACAAGAUUGGAGAAGAAUUCUUGACAGAUAGCUUGAUGUAUUACAAUGAGAAAGAUACUUUUGUUAAAGUUGAGAAUGAAGACAUUAUGAGGCGAUU